AUGGCAUCAAAGCAAGCUAAUCGCCAGGCUAUUACUCUCAAAGGAUCGACUGCUCUGGUAACUGAUUUCUUCAAAUAUGCUGUAAACACAAUCUUAUUCCAACGCGAAGUAUAUCCCUCAGAUGAUUUCCACAUGGUAAAAAAGUACGGUCAAACUGUUCUGGUUACCCAAGACCUGGCUCUCGAAAACUACCUUGAAAGGAUUUUGAAACAAGUUCAGAAAUGGCUGCUCACUGGAUCAGUUACACAACUUGUACUCGCGAUCAUCUCGAAAGACACAAGGACGCCACUCGAGCGUUGGGUGUUUGAUAUCAUGUUGGUCGAGCCCCCAGCUGAUGGACCAGACCAAAGCCGACAAGCCAAGCCGGAGUCCGAGAUUCAAUCCGAAAUUAGGGCUAUUUUAAAGCAAAUCAUCUCAAUGGUGACUUAUUUGCCCGUCAUCCAUGAACCAACGGUAUUCAACAUCCUGGCGUAUACAUCUGAAUCUGCAGAUGUGCCCGCAGGAGAGUGGGUGGACACGGAUCCGCUUGCAAUUGAAGCCGGAAAAAGCCAGCAGGUAAAGAUGCGUAGCUUCAGCACUGAUGUGCACCGUAUUGAGGCGAUGGUGGCAUACCGAUACGAUGAGGAGGAGUAA